AUGGCAGGUUCCAGUCAAAGGAGUCAAACUCAUGCUCGCCAUCAGAGCCAUUCUUUUCAUCCUUACCCUCCACCGACAAAUUCAUACUCCAAGGAGGAGCCAUCGCCGCCAUACACAACUUCCAGCAGAACGUACAGUCCUCCAUUUGACAGCUUCUCAGCUAGCCGUCAAGGGACUCCAGGGACAUUUAACUUCGGUGCUGCUCAUGUACAGCUUCAACUUGAAGAUUUGGAUUAUGCCAUGGUACCCUCUCCAAUGGUUAAUGUCAAUGCCAUGGUAAACAGCAAUGGCGGCCGGGAAGGACAGCAACUACCGCCUGCUAAGGCCGAACCAGGCAAGGCAAAGCGGGGCGGUCUGGGACGGUAUCCGAAGCUGGAGACCCCGCAGGUGCCCGAUGUUGAUGAAACUUCUACCGAAAAGACUGCAUCACCGGACCACCAGAUGUCCGAUUCCUCGUUUUCUGAGCACGUUAGCAGCUCCAGCGCUCCUCAAGACAACAACCCGACUUACCCGAACCAUGUUGGGCAGCCUCCUCCUCCCCAGUCUCUCAUUUGCGAGAGCGUGCGGGAAGAGGGGAUGCAAAGUUUCACUUAUUAUGCCAGGGAACCAUUACCGCCGCUACAGCAACCAAGCCCUCCAAACUUCGAUGACGAUAUAUUCAUGUUUUCACCCCUUGAGAGCCAUCAUAUGAACAAAGACAAGAUGGUCAUCUCUACCAACAAGCACGAAUACACUUCUGGUUGUGCCCUUUCAUUGUCCUCAACUCGCACUGUAUCGUCACCAUCAGCACACUCAAUCCGGUUUGAAAUUUACAACAGCCCAGCACAAAUGCCGGGUAGGCCUGCUGAUCCCCCGACGCCAGCAAGCGACGAUGCGACAGAUGAACGUGACUACCUGGACUCGGACGACGAGAUCCGUUACAUGCAAGCAUUCGUGGAUGGGGUAGCUCCAUGGCUGGACAGCUUGGACGGAAACAAGCACUUUGCCAACACGGUACCUUACCUGGCUCUCAAGUCUCCGAUGGUUCUCAACGCGCUGCUAGCAUGUGGUGCAAGGCAGAUGUCCUUGAUGGGAGGAUGCGAUGAAGACAAGGCCGAGAGGUAUUAUAGUCUGGCUCUGGAACACCUGACUCGUAUCCGUCGCGAACAGCGGAGCGACCUGUCGGAAUGCGCCGUAGCGGCGGUUGUGCUUAAUGCGUAUGAGCUCAUGAGUGACAAGUCGACUGAUCCUCUGCAUCAAGCCUUACCCCCUGCAAGUGCCUUGAUCCGUGAAUGUGGCUGGGAUGCUUCAUCAGGAGGCAUGGAAGCGGCUUGUUUUUGGGCCAGUGUCGGCAUCGAGGUCCUUGCCAGCUUGUCCUCGGGGAGCCAUAUCACCUGGGACCCCGAUCAAUGGGGGGUGGAUUUAGAGUUCGCCGACGGAGGGCUCGAAAGCGGAAGUAGCAGUGCGAGCGUGAUCGGAUUUGAAGAAUGUGUGCGUCGUCCGAGCAUCGGCGGCGAUGGAGGUCGCGGCCGGAAAGGAUUGGCAGCUUUCCUGAUGAAAAACGGCAAAGGGUUUGGCGAAGAAAGUCUCUGGGUGAAACGGAUCUUCUACAUCCUGGCCAAAGUGGCCAACUUCCGUGCCAGCAUGCCGCGAGGCCUACAUCCAGACCCUCACGAAGAGCUGAUCAGCCGACAGACUCGGUUUGCGGAGUGCAGAAGACUGCAGAGGAUAUGCAAUGCUUGGAGCAACAGCUGCCCUCGUUCGAUGAGGCCGUAUGGUUAUUCUGCUCAAUCGUCUGACAAAUCUUUGUUCCCUAACGUCUGGUUGAUCAAACCUUCUGCUAUCCUCGGGCGACUCUUCUACCACACGUCCAUGUGCCUCCUCUCUCAGACUAACCCUCUCGACCAGCGCCGCAGUGGUGGUAGCCUCACUAGUGAAGAGAACCGUCGGGUCCAGCAGCAUCACGCGCACCACGUCUGCGGCAUUGUUGCGCACCACCUGACUUCUGUCGACCGUCGUAGUUUUGUCGCUGCAGCCGCGUGCAGCUUGGCUGUUGUCGGUGGCGUACUGACUGAUGCCGAGGAACGUCGUGAGGUGUUGGAGUUAUUGGGAACGAUUGGGAAGGAGACCGGGUGGCGGAUGGGCAGGUUGGAGGGGGAGUUGAAAAGGGCUUGGGCGGCUCCUAGGGUCGUUGCUUCUGGGUCAUCAUCCAAGAGUGAUUUUGGAGGGAUGAUGUCGAUGCCGCUUACUGGGUUAUUGGUGGGGUCUGAUUUUCGCAUUGGGAGGGCGAUCAUUUAA